AUGAUCAAAUUCGAGGAAACUGUGACCCUCACGGACGUGGCUGUGGCCCUCACCAAGGAGGAGGUGGCACUACUGGACAAGGCCCAGAUAAACCUGUACCGAGACGUGAUGCUGGAGAACGUUAGGAACUUUAUCUCAGUGGGAUUAAAAACAACAUUUCAAAAUCUUCAGGAAAAAGGAUCGGGUCACCUCUCCCAGGAGGUGCUCUACCUUUGGCAGAUUUGGAAACAAAGUAUCAGUGAAUUAACUGUGAGUCGGGAUUAUGUCCUGAAUCUUCAAGGAGAUCGCUCCCAAUAUUUAGAAGAUGUUUCCCUCUGUGGAGAGUGGGCAGGAAUGUCUCUUCUGGUUUCUGGAAAUGAAAACUAUAUAAUAAAUGACAUUAAUUCAGAAAAUCAAGGUGGCUUAGCUUGGAAAGGCCUUGCGCAUGUCCUUACCCCAGAAUCUUGGAGGCAAGUCGACAUAAUGGCCGAACCCCAGAAUUCUCAAGGAAGAUGUAAGAGCAUUCAUGUGGAAGAGAAAUUGUAUGGAUGUACUUGGUAUAAUGACAGCCUCAGUCAGACCUCAUGUGAUCGUGAGGACCCCCACGAAGUUAAGAGGGAACCUUACAGGUACUUUGACUGUGGGGAGAACUUCGUUCCGAAAGUCAUAGUCAGACAAUGUAAUGUGGUCCAUUCAGUACCACAACCUUCCAAAUGCAGUAACUAUGGAACGGGCUUCAUAGAUGACACGAAUCCUCGUGUCCAUCACAGCGCUUAUGUAGGAGAUAAAUCUCAUACAUGUGACCAGUGUGGAAAGAACUUUAGUCAGAGCUCAGAUCUUACUGCUCAUUGUAAAAGUCAUUCAGGUGAGAAACCUUACGAAUGCCAAGAGCGGGCUAAGUGCUGCAAACAGAGCUCGGGCUUUGCCAGAUACCAGAAAGGCCUCCCAGGAGACAAACCCUAUAAACGUAUUGAGAGCAGCAAGGGCUUUAGGCGCAACUCCUCUCUUCACCACCACCAUCACUUCCGCACAGGGGAAACGCCCUACAAAUGCGAUGUGUGUGGGAAGGGGUUCAGAUUCAGGUCACUUCUUUGUAUUCAUCAGGGAGUGCACACGGAGGAAAAGCCCUAUAAAUGUGAAGAGUGGAGGAAGUGCUUUGAUCAGAGCUCCAGUCUUCUUGUCCAUCAGAGAGUCCACAUUGGAGGGAAACCCUACAAAUGCAAGUGUGGCAAAUGCUUCAGUUCAAGCUCUAUUCUUCAAGUCCACCAGAGGCUGCACACAGGGGAAAAGCCUUAUAGGUGUGCUGAGUGUGGAAAGGGCUUGAGCCAAAGCACACACCUUCAUAUUCACCAUCGAGUCCACACAGGGGAGAAACCCUACAAGUGCCCUGUGUGUGGAAAGGCUUUUGCAUACAGUUCAGGUCUUCACACCUAUCAGAGAGUUCACACAGGAGAAAAACCUUAUAAAUGCAAAGUGUGAGGUAAGGGCUUCAGCUACAGCUCCUAUUUUCACUUAUGUCAAAGAGAUCAUACCAGAGAGAAGCCAUGUAAGUGUGACGAGUGUGGUAAGGGCUUCAGUCGGAAUUCAGAUCUUCAUAUUUCAUUGAGAGUCCACCCAGGAGAGAGGCCCUGUAAGUGUAGAGAAUGUGGUCGGAGCUUCAGUUGUAACUCGUAUCUUCUCACUCAUCAGAGAGCACAUACAGAUGAAAUGCAACAUACGUGUCAUGAGCAUGGCAAGGGUUUCAGUUCUAGCUCAGACCUUACUCAUCAAAGACUGUACAAGAGGACAGAAACAUUAUAA